AUGACGGUCAAGUCGAGAUCUGCAAUUCCGCUAUUCGUGUUUUUGGCCAUUGCACUGUUUUUCCUGCCUUGCGCAACCCUCGUCUUCAUCUGCUUCCAUCGAAGAUACAGGAGGAAAAUAGAGGAGAAAUCGAGAGGUGAAGCUACAGACGCAGUCAUCGAGAGCAUGCCGAACUGGACAGUUCCUAUCGAGCUGGGCAACAUUCAAACACCACCGCCACCACCACCGGUGGCAAAGAUACUGCCCAUCCGCUCAAUGCAGACAAGAAAGAGCAGACAUCUCCCCACGAGGCACAGUGCCAUAGAAGGGAUGAAUACACUGUUCGAAAAACGCAGUACACCGAACACGACGGACGUUGCAGCUCGCAAGCCAACCAAGCCCAGCGAGAGACACAGUAUGCUAAUGCAGAACAUAGAGGAAUAUCUUGCAGCAGCAGAAAAAUCUCCUCAGAACCCGUUCGACGGCCCAGUCACGGCUCUGUCGAGCCCACUACACACCACCACUACGCACUACAGCCUCCAAGCGGCGCUGGUGACGGAACAAGGCCCCGCGGAGAUUCAAGUGCGGCGGGCCGGGGAAAGAUCAGCAGUCUCCAUAAGAGAUGCGCCGAGGGUGAAAAGCCAGAUCACGAAGCCCGAGCAUGCUACGGCGGCGGCGUCUCCCUCUCCGCGUGUACCGAGUGUCGACGAGGCCUGUGAUGGUCCUCCGAGACAGGUGCCUAAGGCGUGGAUGUGA